AUGUGUGACAUCCUGCAUGUUUUAGUGAAGUGGCCCGGGUCCUGUCAACUGGACGUGUAUCCAGUGGACAGAAUGGUAGACGUUGAUGUAGGUUUGCAGCUGAUCAAUGAUCGCGGUUACCCCGACGAAGUCAGACACAAAAACUUCCUAUUUACGUGGGACAAGAAUGCAGAGCCUGCGGAAGCGAUUGUUGUGGACGUCGGGUCUGCUGAUUUGAUGGAGAAGAAACGUUCUCGUGUCCUGAAAGCAAUGAGGCUGGUUGAAGGAUUGUUUGACAGUGCUGCUGCAGCGUGUGGAUCUUGCGACAGCUACAAACGGAGAGUUGAAGACCUUGAAAGGGAAAAUGAGAGGCUACAGCGUAAACUCAGUAAAGCGAAAAAGAAAUGUGAUAUGCAGAACAUGGUCACCCAGAUGUCCCAAGUGGUGGAAGCUGCUACCCAGGAACGAGCCAGUGCUAUUGUGUCGUCACCAAAGGUUGACAUAGGCCUUGGUGUUCUAGUUGAUGAAGUAAUUUUGCAUCGCAUAGGAUCAAUGUCUGGCAACUGUCCAAAGAGGUAUGCGCGGGGGCUCAUGCGUGCAGUCUUCACAACAGAAGAAUUGUGCGGCGGUACCUUGACUGGGAACAGCUGCAACGCAAAGCGUGAGCUUUCUCGGAGACCUGCUCUGGACCAGACAAGGGUGUCAGCGGUGCUUGGUUACGUCGGCAAGAAGUUUAACCCCGAAAUGCAAGUUGUGAAGGGCAGCUUGGCUACGAUGCUGGCCAAAAUGAAGAAAAGCAAUGUUGAAAACACUGAAUAAAAUGUGACUUUGAACUUCA